CCGCACGGCACCGCGCGACCGGAUGUUAUUCAGUGACGUCAUUAAACUGCGACUCCAGAGACGUCACUCCAGAGCAGACUCGGAUGUAAACGGACCUGGAGAAAACCGGAAACACGAACCAGGAUCCAUAGAAACGUUUAUUUCAACAAAGUAUUAUCCAGACCCGGCAGGUAGACUUCAGACUGUGAUGGACUUCACAGAGACCUACACAGACACCGUGUCCAAGGUCUCCGCUGCAGCUCGCGCAGGCUGCACCACGAAGCUGAAGAAGCUGAUCCUCCGAGGAUUCAGAGUGGACACGAGCAGAGACAACCGAGGCUGGAGCGCCCUGCAUGAGGCGGCUGCUGCAGGGAGUGAGGGCUGUGUGAGGGAGAUACUGGCGGCUGGCUCGUCCCGCUCCUUUGUGAACUCUUUGACUCAUGAAGGUGAGUCGGCGUGUUACCUGGCAGCACGGCGUGGACACCUGGCGGUGGUUAGGCUCCUCCUCUCAGCUCAUGCAGACAUCAAUCAGCUGACCAAUGACCUGUCAUGUCCUCUGUACACAGCUGUAGACGGAGGUCACACAGAGGUCGUAGCUCUGCUGCUCAGUAAAGGGUCAAAGGUCAACGGGACACACACAGCGUCCUGCUGGACCUGCCUUCAUCAAGCAGUUUACAAGGGUCACAGUGACAUCGUGCGUCUGCUGGUUACCGUGAGCGACCUUGAGGCUCCAGAUGACCAUGACAUCACCCCUCUGUUUGUGGCGGCGCAGUACGGUCAGCGGGAGAGUCUGGAGAUCCUGGUGAACGCUGGGGCCAACGUGAGCGCGCAGGCAGCUGAUCUGGCCACGCCCCUAAUGAUUGCCUCUCAGGAGGGACACGUGGCAUGCGUGGACUUCCUGCUGGACCACGGAGCGGACCCUAAUACCGCCUGCAGUCUGGACUGGCCCCAGCUGCCCCUCCACGCCGCUGCAGAGUUCGGACACAUCAGGGUCCUGAAGCGCCUCAUCGCUGUGACAGACCGUGUGUGUGACCACGGGGAGGGCGCCGUGAGUCCACUGUACGUUGCGGUCUACAGGGACCAGAGCAGGAGCGUGGAGGUCCUGCUGGAGGGGGGAUACAGCCCCGACGCUCAGGACUGCACCCACAUCCUGGGGGUGCAGUCCCCUCUCUCCUUGGCCUUGUCUCGCUCAGCAGACAAACCGUACAGUGAGUCGGGGAGGCUGCUCAUCGCUGCAGGAGCUCAUCUGAGCCAGGAGGACUGGACUCAUGCCAUGGCCACUGACAAACCGGACCUGCUGGACCUGAUCCUGGAGCACAGGAGGAUCUCUCAGACUCUGAGGGGGGGCGGUCCUGAACUGGACCAUCAGGAGAAGACUCUGAGGGGGGGCAGUCCUGAUCUGGACCAUCAGGGGAAGACUGUGUUACAGCUGCAGGAGCUUCAGGAGCUGCUCUGUGUGGCUCUGAACCAGGUCCACUUUGCAGCCUGUUGGCUUCCUCUGCUCCUGAAAGCAGGUCUGGACCCGUCUCUGCUCCUUCAGCCCCCCAUGUUGGAACAGGCCAACAGCGAGGUCCUGAAUCACCUGCUGGACUUUGUGGACUGGUCUCUUCUGUCUCCUCCUCUGAAACAGAUUCUGGAUCACCGGCUGGCAGAGAAGACUUGGGAUCCAAGUCCACAUUUAGACUCCCUGCCCCCCCUGUCCCACCUGUGUCGGCUGAAGGUGAGGUCUGUGUUGGGGCCAGACGUUCUGAUGACGACCGACGUGGUCCAGCAGCUCCCAGUACCCACUUCACUUCAUGGUUUCCUUCAGUUCAAAGACAUUCCUGAAGCUCCUUACAGACCCUCCUCAAGACCCUCCUCAAGACCCUCCUCAAGACCCUCCUCUAGACCCUCCUCAAGACCCUCCUCUAGACCCUCCUCAAGACCCUCCUCUAGACUCCCACUUUGAAAUGGAAUAGAGGGACACCUGAGACCUUACAGACACACACACACACACACACACACACACACACAUCAACACACACACAUCAACACACACACACCUGAGACCUC